UACACCUAUACUAGGUUACCUCAGGGAUUUCAAAACAGCCACUCUCUAUGCUGAAGCUUUAAAGAAAUCAAUGAUGUCCUGCCCUCUGCCAGCAGAAGGACAGUUUCUACUUUAUGUAGAUGAUAUUUUAGUGACUGGCCACACAGAGGAAGGGUGUAAACAGAAUACUAUGGUUGUGCUGCGUCACCUGGCUGAGCAAGUCCACAAAGUGUCUCUGAAUAAACUCCAAUUAUGGAGACCUGAAGUAACAUACUUAGGCCACACCCUCUCAAGUGAAGGAAGAAAACUACUAAACAAAAGAAAAGAAGCUAUACAAAAUGCACCACAGCCACAAACUAAGCAACUGGUUUUCUUGGCUUUACACUGGCUCCUGGCUACAGGUGCUAAAAAGACCACUCAUUGGAGUUGGGAUACUUUUACUUUUAUUUUGUGUCUUUGUAACAUGUAUACUGCCAUGUCUAAAACUCAUGAUUAUUGGCAUAAUAUUGUCCACUGUUGGUGCAUACAUAGCCGUGACAAAUGAUGAUGAUGACUCCGACCUGUUGGAACAUGAAGACUUUGUGUGAUUAAUGACGAUGUGACAGAAAAUGUACAACAAGAUGUUACAUACUGAUAUCUCACUAAAAGUUAUACGUGACAAUUUGUCCAAAUCAAAGAUUGAUGUUAGUAGAGAAGAAGCCACCAUGAUAAAGCCUGUGUGUGAAAAUGAGACCAGUGGAUUUGAUCAAAAUCCCAUUUAAGGAGGAAUUCUGUCCUCCAGUUUGUUUAAAUAAGCUUUGGGAUUAAACAGCAUCAUCUAUGUUUGUGUCUGAUGACAUGUUUGAUCCAGGUCAGCUUGAAUAUCACAGCUGAUGUGUGGAACUCUGACAUGUUUAAAGCCUGAUUAUCAGGAUGAUUCAAACACAUCUGUUUAAAUAAUGAGAUUCAUGUUUCCACACAAAGUUAUAAAGUGCAGCAUCGACUGUUUUCUGAAUGAUUGAGGAACAUCUGUGACUCUUACAGGAUACACUAAGUCAGAUAAUCUUUGUAAAAUGUGUGAAUGACUUUUUGAAGUACUGACCAAAAUCUGCUGGUUUACAGUAUCAAAGGCUUUAUAUCAAUAAAGAAUAAAUAGGUGUUUUCACGUCUGUAAUCCUUAUGAUCAAUCAGAUCCAGAAUCAAUCUAAGAGGAACAGGAAGUGAUGAAUAACCAGGAAGUGUGGAGUCAGUCUGAAGUCCAGAGCACAGCCUGAGUCCACAGUCCUGAGCAGAGCCACAGUGAGACUGAAGCAGCAGCUCGAUGCUCCUACAGUGGAUCUGUGGUUACAUGAGCAGAUUUCUAUGGAUCCAGUGUGACUGUGAUGAGUCCUGAUGAAGUGAACAGAGUGAAGAUUUGUGUAGAAGCAGGAAGUGUGAUCAGCUGCACUCACCACUGUUGCUGAGAGGAACCUGAUGGACUCCAGUGAAUCUUCUUUUAGAGACAAACAGGACUCGACUGCAGCUCUGCUGCUGCUCUCUCACACUUUCACUUCUGCAAAAUGACGUUGAGCUUCUUGUUUUUCAGGUGUUGCUCCGCCUCUUCCUGCCUCUCCCUUUACAGGAAUCAGCCGGUCUGUACUCAGUGACUGUGUGCAGCGGGUGGGAGGAGUGAGGAGUGGUGUGUGGGUUCACACAGUAAUGACGGCCUCAGGUGAUCAGGAGAAACUCACCUGGAUUUCCUUUUUCCACAGCAGACUGAGAGCUUCAGGUGGACCCUGAAGGAGGUCUCAGACACAGGUGGUAAAAGUACACACAGUGUGUACUGAAGUAGAAGUACUACUGUUAAAAAUACUCCAAGUACUGUUUCAACUUCUUUACUCAAGUAAAAGUAAAAAGUAGUGGCUGUGAAAUGAGAGUAAAAAGAGCUGAUUGAAGAACAUUUCUAACACGUGUUUAUACAAAGCUAACUGAACCAUGUGCUGCAUCAACGUGAUAAUAAAAUAAUAUUAUUCACUUUGUUUCUAAUAAAUAUUCCCAGCUUGAAUCAGACAAGUUGAACAUGAGCAGAGAAAAAGAAGGAAAUCCAAAUAUUCCUGUGUUCAGCAGCUCAGCAUUAGGGGGCAGCACUGUGCUAUGUUGGCCUUUGGCCUGCCGGAAAUGAUUAGAAGAAGAAGAAGCGUUGCCAUGCUACUGUAGCUAACAGGCGCGAGCAUGGAGAAGGACGGACCUUUGGGCGGAAAGUUUUACUUCAAGAAGUUGCCCAACGGCGUGUUGGACAAAACGAGAGUAACGUGCACGAUUUGCGAAGCUGAGUUCAGGUACCACAGAAGCAAUUCGUCUCUGGGGUAUCACCUGAGAGCCAAGCACCCGGCUGAAUCGCAGGACUAUCGUGGGCUAAAAACAGAAGAAGUGAGUGAAAAGUUGACCAGCGCCUUGGUUGUUUGGAUAGCUAAAAGCUGCCGACCAGCGAGCAUGGUAGAAGAUGACGGACUGAAAGAAGUCCUUCGCGCUGCAUCGGGAGACGUGUGCUACAAUCCGCCCUCAGCAGAAACCAUUGUGUCGAGACUGCGCGCUGUGUACGAGGAGCAGAGGGCUCAGCGGCACACCACGCUCCUGGGAGCAAUGAACGUCGCCCUCACCGGAGACCACUGGACGUCGGUGGACAGCGAUAACUACUGCGCCGUCACAGCGCACUUUAUUGAUAACGACUGGGCUCUACAGUCGUUUGCACUAGCGGUGAGUAAAACUGCAGAGAGACACUAUGCUGACCAUUUCCUGAGUGUUGCAAACGAGUGGAAAAUCGGGGACAAGCUAACCACGCUCGGCACCGACAGUGCGUGGCUGUAUGGCAACAUGGUCGAUGUGGCCAGCCUGCUUCCGUUUGAACACAUGCCCUGCACGGCCCACAUUCUGCACAGUGCCAUCACAGUUGCUCUGAACGACAGCGGCUUUGAAAGAGUUCUGGCCAAAUGUCGCGAGAUUGUUGGACAUUUUGAGGAUAGUCCGGCGAACGCUCAGGAAUUAAAUGCACAGCAAGCUGCACAUGGACAUGACACGGAAGCACUGGUUCAGGAUGCUCAGACUAGAUGGAACUCCACCCUGGAGAUGAUCAAGCAGAUCCAGAGAAACAAAUCCGUGCUCACCUCCAUCCUGGCUCAGCAAAGCAGCACGGUGACCAUGCUGACUGAGCAGGAGCUCGACAGACUGCAGAAGCUGGAGGAGCUGCUGGAACCUUGCAGAUAUGUGACCGAGCUGCUGGGGGGAGAGCGCUAUGUCUCCUGUUCCAUGGUGCUGCCAGCCUUGCGUCAUUUGUUCUGGGUCAUGGAGCCCUUGGAUGAUGACCCAGUCUACGUUGUGAACUUUAAGAUGGUUUUUACCACAGACCUAGCUCAGCGGAGGGCCAGCAGCAAUCUCACAUGGCUGAAGAUCGCUACUGCCCUUGAUCCCAGGUUUAAAGACCUCAAGUGUCUUCCCAAAGAUGAAAGACGAGAGGUGUGGACUCUGGUACAUGACCUUCUCAUGGCAGAGACACAAGCACAACAACCAUCUGUCCAGAUAAAAGAGGAACCGUCACCAAAGAAGAGCAAGAUGUCCAUCUUCCUCCUGGGCUCUUCAGAUUCAGAUACAGAGGAGGAGGAAGACUCCAUCGGCCGCUGUCUGGAUCGGUACAAAGCAGAGCCCAAAAUUGACAUAGGAGGUGUCCUCUACAGUGGUGGUCAAAGAGAGAGGGAGCCAUGCCAGGCUGGCACUAUUGCACGCAAGUACCUGUCAACCCCUGCAACCACAGUGCCCUGUGAGAGCCUUAUUCUCACUCUCAGGAUUUGUGUGACUGCAGUAAAAGUGCGUCCAUCCGUCACUGAUCCAGCUGAAUAUGAAGCAUCACCAACCACCAUCAACGGCCCCGUGAUCAGACUGAGCAGUCGAGGCAUCGAGGCUGCAGGAUCGCAUCAGAACAGGACCUGUGGGUGUGGUCUGGACAUCAGACCGUCCUACCCAGAUGGACUUGCCUCCCAGCAGCAGCAGCAGGACUUUAAGGGGAUGAAGAAUUUUGGAGUGAUGAUCUGCAGCUUUCAAAAACAGAACACGCACACUUCUAAUAACCCGUCGCUGUGA